GCCAUGAUGGAUGUCCAGCGAUGGCCGUCUCGGGCCAUGGAAAUUCUGGGCUUCGGAGCCGGUCAGCCAGCUGCGAGCAUCCUGGCGACGACACCGACGUCGCACUUCCCGGCACCGCUCAUGCGCCAUGUGCCGUCGGGAGAUGUUCCGAGCUUGAUUUGGCUUGGGGAGCUCGCUGCCGUCUUGAUCACCCUCGGCUUUGUCCUCGUGGCAGUGCACCUGCAGGUUUCGGAAUGUCUUGGCCAGCGUCGGAAGAUGGCAGAAAAGGCGGAAAGACUGGCGCACCCCUGGAGCAGCCUGCCCAUCUCGGAUCUCCUCCAAGUGGGCCCGAGCUUUGCCACGAACUUCCAAAGCGGGCUCAGGCAAGCCUUUACCGACAGAGGGCUAAGCCCUGUGGAGCCGGAUCAAGUGGCCUUGGCCUCCUUCCUCAUCCCGGCCGAGGCUGCAGGGACCCGACAGCCCAGAGCCGUCCUCGAGCGCCACGGUGGCGUGCCUCCGGGCUCCCUUGGUGGUAAGCGGGCCUUAGCGCUCCAUCUCCAACGCUUGAAGCGGGAGGCCCUGGCACCCAUGACUUUCCUUAGCCCCGACGCUCUCCGCAAGUCGCUGGAACCUCGGGUUCGCUUCGCAGGAAUCGUGCAGGGUGUCGUCUCCGAGGCGCGCGCAGAUGGAUUGUGGUUUCUGAAGCACUCUACCAUGGAUCGCAAUGAAGGAGUGACGUGCUACAAAGGAGCCCGGGAGCUGCUAAGGGCCUGGGAGAAGAUGAAGCGGAAGGAGCGCGGGCGCUACGUGGCCCAGGCGGAGGUCCAGCGCCCCUUGCUCAUGGAGGGCCGGAAGAUGGUGGUCCGUGCAUACGUGAUCACGCUGCCGGGCGGACGCUGCUUCAUGAACCGGGAGCUGCUUCUCAAGGGUCAUCCGAUGUCCUACGACCCAACCGAUCCCGAUCCACUUCGGCACGUCGUCUCGUGCGUUAAGUACGACGGGGUGGUGUCGAUGCGCGGCACGGGGUGGACACACUAUGAGAAGGUGUGGCCGAAGCUUGCGAAGAUGAUGACGACUGUGCUAAGCCACGUGGAGGGUGCAGGCAAGGUGCCAUUCGCGCUUCCGGACGACACGCUGCUGGACCUCUUCUGCCACCGCGUGGUGCAGAAAUACCAGGAUCUCCUCGACUGGAUGCGCUGGGGGAGCAAAGCCGGAGCUCUUCUCUACAACUUCAUGGGGGCCGACAUCAUUGUAGACGAGGACCUCAGACCCUGGCUCCUCGAGCUGAACCCGGGCCCAGCCAUGGGCUUCGAUCAGCGGGAUCCGCAGGCUACGCAGCUCCGCGCCGAAGUGAUGGAGGAUCUCUGCCAAUUUCUACUGGACCCGCUGCUGCGCAGCGUGCAGGCGGCCGCGAAGACCAAGGUGGAGCUCCGUCCGCCUCAUGUCUGCAGGAAGGCUUUGGGCAAGAGUCACUGCCAUCGACGCAGCAUGAGCCUGAGAACUCCCAAGGCAAGGCGUCCAAAUGCAACGCACAAGGUCACCAGGCCGAUCAAAUGCAUGGCCUGCCCGAACUUCGAGGCUCCGGACAGGGAGGCCUACCGGUUACACUGCGCCACAGAGUGGCACAAGUACAACACCUCGCAGCGGAUGAUGGGAAGGCCUACCCUCACGGAGGAGGAGUACAACGAGAAAUUUGCGCCGGCUCCUGCGGCUGCGGAACCGCCGGCCGAGAAAGACUCGGCUCCGGAGCCUUCCCAGGCCGAGCAGGAGGAGGCCCAGAAGGUCUCCGUUUGUAUAGUCUUCCACCACAAAGAGGAGAGAUGGAGCCACAUCUUCAAGAUCUCCCAAGGGGCCAGCGUCAUGGACUUGAAGAAAGCCAUGGUGAAGCCGGACAGCCCGGAGGAUGAUGUGCUAUCAUUCAGCUUGAAGAGAGGCAUGAUCAGGCCCUCUCAUUUCGAGACGCUUGAGAACGAUGACACUUUUGACUUCGCCUACGUUGGCCCUGAGGCGGAGAGCAUGGAAGAUGCGGCUCGUGCACCCUUCAUGCUCGAAGAAUCCGAAGCUCCGCGAGGGAGGUCUGAGGCUCUGGCAGAGCUCCGCAGAAGCUUGGACAGGCUCGCUGCCAAAAUGAAUGUGGAACAGCGGGCACCGACGAUGUCUGCUUCCGCCGAGACCUAUGUGCGUCCGUGUGUCAAUGGCACUGAGGCGACUCCGCGAGCUGAUGGUGUUAUCUCCAGGCCUUGUGUACCGGAGGAUUGUGACCAGGGCGAUAUGGAAGCGGGCAUGGACUGCCACUGGACUGGAGGAUAUAAGGCGCAUUGCCAACGGAUCUGCAGAAGAGGAUUGCGAGCAUCUCCGGCUGGCUCAUUUGCGGAUGCCAGCCAGAACCCGAUCUCUUGCUCCGAUGUUUUUACGGGUCGUGCUCGCGAUCACAUGGAGGUUGUUUCGACUUCCUUGGAGUGGACCGCUUCCUCCAGUGACUUUGCCAUAGUGGACCUGUGGGGAGGUGGCGGUGGGGGUACGGGCACCAUGGUCAAGACACAGCAAGGACGAGGCAUCAACGUCCGCCGAGCUGGGUCGGGGUCUUCGGGCUACAUGCAAAACAUCCCCGCAUGGCAGCGUGACUUCGACCCGACGGGAUUGUAUUUCCCUGAUGCAGACAGUGCUGGGAACGCACGGUUUGCCCGCUGGGACGACCUCUAUCACCUCAGCUACAAGCAAGACUGCCAAUGCUGGAAGUUCGCCUUGAACGCUGACUACUUUUCCAGCACUAUGGAGGCAAGGCUGGCAGAAGCCGCUGAUGAAGUUCCACUUGGAGAUCGCACCUGGUCGUUUCUGAUCCAGAACGGUGAGCAGAGUGACAAGCUGAGCCUGGAGUCGUUCGACAGUUCCUACGGCAUUUGCGGCGGGUCAGGUGGGGCUGGUGCCCAUGUUCGUGCCCUGGUGGAGGUGAAGGGCGGGCAUACCUACCGAAUCGAAGCCGGUCGCGGCGGACGUGGCUCCAGCGGUCGCGGCGGUGCCGCAGAUGGCCAGAGCAGCCGCAUGUUGGAGAAGGGACGCUCAGGCGAGUGGCGAGUGCUGGCCGAAGCCGGCGGGAGCUCCGGUGCGGGAUCCUUUGAUGGCAGCCUUAAAUUUUUUGGGUGGUCGUGGCGGGACAGCUCCCAAAUUGCCUGCACACAUUUCUGCCGUUCCUGGACAACCAGGAAGGCCCUCCAGGUCCAGCCUCCUGUCCGACCACCCGAUCUUGGACAUGUGUAA